AUGAAACAAUAUGCGAAAUAUAACAUGUGAAAUAUACAUUGUUUUUAGUAAUUAUAGUAAUUAUAAAGAUCUAUUGGAAGACAAACAAACUAAUUCAACGAACUCAGGCAGUCGAAGCAUGAAACUUAAUCUUAAUUAUCAUCACAAUUUUUCGGUCCAUUCCUAUCUUCUCAAAUAUUUUAGAGCUUGCACUUCAAUCACUAAUGCAACAUUAGAGAUUUACUUGGGAGGUCCGUCUCCUCAUGCACCUGGAAGGAUGGAAAAUGUUCAUACGUUUUGA